ACCCUGUAAUAUUUAUGAUAAACCUCUGUAAGAACAAAUCAUGGGCCAACAGAUAAGCUCAGUGUUCUCUAGUUUAGGAAGAUUUUUUGAGUAUCCAGUGAAGAGGAAACCGAUAUGCUUCAACAGACAAGAGGAUUUUACUGCCACGGGUGAAACUAUAAAAAGGCAAUCUGAGGCGCACAAGGCUCCAACGUCUGACUACGAGGCACUGGUAGAACUGUUCUACAAGAGGCUGGAAGAGCAGCGUCAAUUCUGUCAGGAGAUGAAGGAGCGCGAUCGUCGGUGGAGCAUCGAGCAGGUGGUGCGUCGGUUCCCGGGCUGGAGCGAGCUGACGGUGGCCAACCUUCACAGCCUGUUCCUGUUGUUUGACAACCAGUCUAAUGGCAUGCUGGGCUUUGAUGACUUCUGCGCAGUUCUGGAGAGUCUAGGCGAGGGCAGCAGCAUGGAGCGUCGCAAGAGGAAGUUCACGACGGCAGAUCAGGAUGCCGAUGGAUGGAUCACGUACGACGAGUUCUUGGCCUUGGUAUACAACUUCGAUACCAUGCAAAACGGCGAGCUGACGGGCUUAGCGAAGUUGUGUAACGAAGUGGCGGACAAUAUUCAGUUCAUCAGCAACCUCUCUGUCGGCGAGCAGCUGGAGUACGGCUUGUUCUGACCGGGAAUUUUAUGAUUAAGUGCUAAACUAGGAAAAUGUAAUCAUUUUGG